AUGAAUGGUAUCGACCUGGAAAGAACCUCAUCUCGGCAAGGCAAUGAUCCCUUCCAAACUCCAACUUCCGAGCAAGAUGAGACCAACGCUGCGACAAACCAAGCAGAUGCUUUUGAAGACAUCCCUCCUAAUGGCGGGUAUGGCUGGGUGUGCACGUUUUGUGCGUUUAUGAUCACCGUGCACACCUGGGGUAUCAACAGCGCGUGGGGAGUGAUCCUCGCCUAUUUCCUGUCCAAUUCAACAUUCCCCGGUGCUGGCCAUCUGGAUUAUGCGUUUAUCGGCGGGCUGUCUAUCUCCCAAUGCUUGCUGAUUGGGCCCAUUGUCACCAAGACGUACAAAGCUGUGGGAACCACGGUGACCUUGCUCUUCGGUACAGCCUUGGUCUUUGUGUCCCUGUUUAGUGCAUCAUAUUCGACAAAGAUAUGGCACUUGUUUUUGUCCCAAGGAGUAUGCUUUGGCUUCGGCAUGGGUUUCCUCUACCUCACCACCAUGGCGAUUCUCCCUCCAUGGUUCUCAACUAAGAGAAGCCUUUCUAUCGGGCUCGCCGCUUCGGGCUCUGGGAUCGGCGGUCUUGUCUAUAAUUUGGCGUCAGGUCAUACGAUCGAAACUAUGGGCUGGCAGAUGACCUACAAAAUUCUGGCAUUCUGCGCUCUAGGAUCCAAUUUGAUCUGCUCGCUGUUGCUGAGAGACCGCAAACAAUCUCGGACUGCUAUCGCCCAACGCACGUUCAAUCACCGCGAUCUCAGCAGCUUCCAGGUCCUCCUGAUGAUCGUGUGGGGAGUCAGCACGGAGCUAGGGUUCAUCGCUUUGAUUUACUCCCUGCCGCAUUACGCAUCGUCGAUUGGGUUGAAUGCACAGCAAGGAUCGGUCGCAGGUGCAAUCCUGAAUCUUGGACUAGCCAUUGGACGGCCCCUGACCGGGUGGGUUAGCGACGUUUUUGGCAGAAUCACAGUUUCGAUGCUUAUGACAGCCUUUUGCGCCGUUGUAUGCUUUGCCAUCUGGAUCCCUGCGCAGUCUUAUGCGCCCCUUUUGGUGUUCGCCAUUUUAUCGGGAAUGGUUAGUGGCACCUUCUGGGGAACGAUAACCCCGGUGACUGCUGAGGUAGUCGGGCUGAGCCGUCUUCCGUCGACAUUUGCCAUGAUCUGCCUUACUCUAGUCAUUCCAACGACCGUUGCUGAGCCAGUGGCACUCAGCUUGGUGGCCAGCUCUGGCUACUUGAAUACUCAAGUGUACAUUGCAUGCAUGUUCAUUUUGGGCGCACUUAGCCUUUGGGUCUUGCGUUCCUGGAAGUUCUAUGAGAUUGAAAAAAAGGCGGCAAAAGAACAAGAGGGUGUAUAUGGAUCAGAAAACGCCUUGGCCAGCUUUCCGAGCUACUUUGGAUGGCUUCAGCCUCGGAAAUUGUUUUUGUACGGUCGUGUGUAA